CACUCAGAGUGGUUUGUUUUCAUUCCGAGUCUGAAAUUGACACUGAAACAUUUAUUACAUUUUCAACUUCUCUAGAGACAACAACAACACAGCAAGUUGCUGUCAAAUAAAAUAGAAGAUUUAAAUAAAAUAUAAUUUAGUUAAAAAAGCCAAAUCGAACAAGUGCCAAUCGAGAAAGAGUGUUAAACUAAACCAAUCGAAAGCAAUUGAAACCAACGAGUCUUGCGAAAGACAAACCACAUCAAAAACAAAUUGUGGAAAACCCAAGAGAAAAGAGAAAAUCUCUGUUAUUGCGUUGUAUUGUUGGAAAAUAAAAAUAGAAUAAAUUUCUUCAUUUGCUCAAUGCCAAACACUUAGACACUUGCAUGGGUAAUAAUUUAACAACAAGUGGAAAACCAAGCCAAAGACGAGAAAGGACCCUCUUUAAUAGGCUGAGUUGCAGUUGCACUCAGACCAACACAAACAUGAAGGUUAAGGUGACAAAGAUACUUUCCUUGCCAGUAUCGAAAACUCCAUCACCCUUAACCUUAACUCCGUCUCCGUUAUCAUCAACGCCAUCUUCACCCUUAAGUCUAAUGGAGCAUAACGAAUGGAAUAAACAAGAAAAGGGUCCACAUAUCGAACAGUUGCCCAAUGAUAUGUGGCUCGAGAUUAUGUCCUAUUUGUCAUACAAUGAUCUGCAACAGUUGCGUAUGGUUAAUGGGCGAUGUCGUGAUCUGGUGAAUCGACGAUGUUUCCGAUCUAAAUCGAAGGUGAUUGUCAGCAGUCACAAUUUGUUGGACAUCAAGGAGUAUGUGGAGCAGGGAUGUUCAUAUCUAAGUUUUGAGAGAAUGGAGCUACGCAAUUUACGUCAGUGUGAUCAAUUGGAGCAUUUUCUGAAGCUUGUUGGAUCGCAGGUGACACAUCUGCAGGUGUGCCAUGCACCAGUGUUUCGUGAUCUGGAUGGGAAGAUGCCGAAUCUCAAGAUGCUGACAAUUGCCACCACCAGCUUGUUGGAUGACAAUCAUCUACAGCCAGUGGAUGGGAUAGAUUUAAAGCAGUUUGUCCAUUUGAUGGGGUUCGAAUGUGAUGGCGUUAGUAUGGACUCGUCAAUGAAAUUGCAAAUGCUACAGCAACUAAGUCGUUCAGAGAACAAAAUACAAUUGCGUCAUUUACAAUUUGAGUACAGGCGAAACAAUGAAAUGGCCCUGGCUCAAGUGCUGUACGAUCAUGCUAAUUCGCUGGAAUAUGUGGAUAUAUUCUUUAGUUGCUCACCGGGCAUCGAUACAUAUAAAUGGACAAAUGCCUUUGAGAGAAUGAGCAAACUACAAACCCUGAAACUCUCUGGGAAUUGUCAUUUCGUUCUGCUCGAUGCCAUUAUUAGAUCCAUUCCGGCUGAGGCUCCGCUUCGGCAGCUAGAUUUAACUGGGAUGCUGUCACUUACCAAUGAGUUGCUACUGUACGUUGCCGGCAAAUGGACAAAUACUAUGCGGAAAUUGGAUCUUAUGUUCUGCGUUCAGUUGAAUGCCAGUUGUAUUCCUGCUCUGCGGCAGCUAAGCGGCAAACUGCAAGCCCUAACCAUGGGAUACUGUCGAGAACUGACCGGAUUGUGUCUAGUUGAGGGUUUGGCCUACAAAAUGAAUAGCACACUGCAAGAGCUGCGCCUGGAAGAGGUGUGUUUUAUUGAUGAACCAUCCAUGUGCACAAUUCUGGAACGACUACCCAAUCUGCGACGUCUUAGUCUAGAAAACUGCCGUCAAACCGUCACCGAUAAGACUAUGGCUGCAAUAUGCCAGUAUCAGACAGGCCUAAAGGAUCUCAAUAUCGAUUAUUGUGUGAAAAUCACUGACUUGGCUUUACUAGGAUAUGGCGACAAACCUUAUGGAAUCAAAAGGUUACGAGGAUUGCGUGAAUUGAACUUACGGGGAUGCCGCAAUUUGACAGAUCGAGCUCUGAUAGAAGCUCUACAUUUACCCGAAUUACGUAGUCUAUCGGUGGGAUACUGUCGUUUUCAGCCUGAAGGUAUUCAGGCCAUUAGCCAUAAUUGCCCUUCACUAGAGUCCCUCUGUCUUUCCAGUUGCGUUCUGAUCGAUGAUGAUACAGUGCGUCAUUUUAUGCGAAAUUUAAAACGUUUACGUUGUCUGAACAUAAGCAACUGUAUGAAACUGACUCUUCAAUCUAUACAUCAUAUUGUCCGACAUGGACAUAAUUUGACUGAACUUAUUGCAUGUUCCAUUGAUGGUGUGGACCACGAGGUAGCCCAACGAAUUCUUGAACAUCAUCGUCCACAAUUAAAGCAGGUUCUGCUAUAGCAGGAGAGGUAUAUCCACUGACAGAGUGACGAUGACGAGACAGAAAUUAUUGAAAUUGUGGUGUAAAAAAUGUAGGAAGAGAGGAAAUUAAAAGUAGGACUCGGUGCAAUAAAAUGAAGCCAAGCGUUCAUUAUUCAUAAUAAAUACUCCUGCAAAAUCGGAAUAAGUUGCAAUUCCUGAAAAUACUUGAUUUUAAAUGUAAAUAUAAUGGCAAUUGCAUUACUAUCGCUGUACAAUUCAAACAUGUGACAUGACUUUGAAGGGUGAAAUCAUAGAUUUAUAUGUACAUAUAUAAAAUUACUAAUAAUAAUUUAUUAUCUUAAGGACAAAAGUCUUCUUACAAUUAGCGAAUGCCAAAUAGCAAACGAAGUACAACCAUACCUCUUCAAUAAAUGCAAAAUAACAUUUCCAAUGAGAAGGAAAUAAAAAGCAUUAAUUAACAAAUUAAUAAGCUUUAGUUUAUAAGUGAUUUCUUAAAUGUCGAAUAUGUAUGUAAAAAUUUCCUUUGGCUUACACUUGUCAUGGCAUAAGAAGCAUACUUAUGUCCUGAUAACGAAUAAUAAUUAAGACUUUACUUAAUAACUCCAAGAGCUUAGAUCAAUGUAACUUUUUAAGGCAAUGUCGUCUAAAUAAGUGUUCAAGGUAUACAUCAGUUUACCUAAUAUUCGAUUUCGUGUCAAAGCAAAAGGACUCUUGACAAAUAUUCACAGCAAUCGUUUGCCAUUUUCAAGGCAAAUGGUUUCAUGCUAAUUAUUUAAUGUGUUAGUAGUUUAAGAAAUAUGAUUAAUUCAUAUUGAAAAUAUCGAGUGAUGAAUGUUUUAAAAAAGUAUGAUAUAAAUGGCUUUACUGAUUGCUGAGCAUCUUCAGAAAUUCUUUUA